AUGUCUCAUGUAUAUUCUUCAAUACAUUUAAGUUUAAUACGUUUAUCUAAAUCUAAUAAUAAAAACGAAAUUAUAUUUGAAAAACAAAUCGACACUGAAUUAGAUAUAUUUGGUAGUUUAGUUAGUCAAAAUACAACAGUGCUUUGUGAACAGAUUGGUGGUUCUUUAUUACGAAAUAUUUUAAUGGCCUCGAAUCCUCUUCAUAACACCGAUGAUCUAUUAAUUGAUACUCAAAUUUAUCGUUUUCCAACGACAGUUAAUAUUAAUGUUGAACAUUUGUCCGAUGCUGAAAUGAAUGAGUUGCAACCGGUUUGUAUUUAUGUUAACAUCUAA